CUUCCGACCCCGCGUCCCGCAGGCCGGGCCGUGCUGGGCCUCGCCGCGUGCUUCCCGGCCCCUCGCACCUGGGCCCUGGUCUCCCCUCGCACGGCCCGGUGCCCCGGCGGGGCCCGGCGUCACGUGCUGAGCAGGCCCGAACUCUGCUCUGUAACUUUGUUUGCAACUUCAAGGACUUUGUGUUCGAAGGCUUAUAAAGCCCAGAAACUAAGCCCUGACGCCAUGGUGGAGCUGUCAGUAUGGAGCAGUGCAGCGCGUGGGGUUCUGUUCAGCUGCUUGCAUGAAAAUGAAGCAGAGAGACCAGAAGAAGAAAAAACUAGUGCUCCACCCCCACCUGGAAAUGAAGAGGAGGCUGCAGAAAAUGGCGUUGUGAAAACGAAGGUUACUGAGGCUGAGGAUGACAGUGAUAGUGAUAGCGAUGAUGAUGAAGAUGAUGUUCAAGUCACCAUAGGAGAUAUUAAAACAGGAGCUCCACAGUUUAGUUAUGGAGCAGCACCUGUGAACCUCAAUAUUAAGACAGGAGGACGAGUUUAUGGAUCUUCUGGUGUAAAAGUUAAAGGGGUGGAUUUAGAUGCACCAGGAAAUAUUAAUGGUGUGCCACUUCUGGAAGUAGAUCUAGAUUCUUUUGAAGAUAAACCUUGGAGAAAACCAGGGGCUGAUCUAUCUGAUUAUUUCAACUAUGGGUUCAAUGAAGAUACAUGGAAAGCAUACUGUGAAAAACAGAAGAGAAUACGAAUGGGUCUUGAAAUUUUACCAGUUACCUCAGCCACAAAUAAAAUUACGGUACAACAGGGCAGAACUGGAAAUCUGGAGAAGGAGUUGGCAGUGCAGUCGACCAAAGCUGAUUUCACCUCUCCUCCUGCCUUAUUCAAAUCAGGAAUUCCAACAAACAGGCGAUUAUCUGGCGCAAUAGAUGUGAUUGGACAGACCAUCACUAUCAGCAGGGUAGAAGGACGACGACGUGCUAAUGAAAACAGCAACAUACAGGUUCUUUCAGAACGAUCUAAUCCUGAAGUAGACAAUUUUACCAAGCCACCUCCAUUUUUCCCUCCAGGAGCUCCACCUACUCACCUUCCACCACCUCCUUUCCUCCCACCCCCUCCAACUGUUAGUACUGCUCCGCCACUGAUUCCUCCUCCAGGUAUACCAAUAACAGUACCACCACCAGGCUUUCCACCACCACCUGGCGGUCCUCCACCUUCCCUCAUACCCACCAUAGAAAGUGGACAUUCCUCUGGCUACGACAGUCGUUCUGUUCGUGCAUUUUCAUAUGGUAGUGUCACCUUUCCGCACCUUGCAGGUUCUGCUCCUUCAUGGUCUAGUCUUAUGGACAGCAGCAAACAGUGGGAUUACUAUGCACGGCGAGAGAAGGAUAGGGAGCGGGACAGAGAUCGAUCUCGGGAUCGAGAUCGGGACCGGGACCGAGACAGAGAUCGAGAACGUACCAGAGACAGGGAAAGGGACCGAGAUCACAGCCCAUCUUCAAGCGCAUUCAACAGGGAUGAAGAACAUAUGUCUGCGGUAAAUUGCACCCAUGAGAAAUCUUGGAACUGUUACGUUCAGUGUUAUUACCCAAGGCAGUAA